AUGUAUUCCCCCGUCCAGAUACCCCAGACCACUGUAACUCCACACCAGAACCCGCAACUACAGGCCUCGAGUUCCAAAGCGAACCCAACCAGGACGCCACGCCAGCCCAAGUCCAAAGCCCUCGACGAUGGGGCAGCAGACCUUUCUCGUGCCCUGAUUGUCGCACCUACACUACCAAUCGCAAAUACAACUUGAAGCGACACAGAGAGACGCGGCACGGAAAAAGACGACACAGCAAUUGAGGGAACAUAGAACCUUGUGAUUGAGGAACUUCGAAGUUUUACGACGAUGAUUGAUGCCUUGAGCAGAGAGGCGGUGGACACGUACAGGCGCAACGGCAAGGAAAUUGGCGACAGGCAAGAUGUAGCAGAAGAACUCGGUACGGCGAAGGGGAAAACAUGACCAUUUUUUUUGUAUAUUUUUCUUUGUUGGCGUCAGUUCAUAUUGAAGGGUGUUUAUUGGAAGGUUAGCGAAACAUGGAAAUAGAUGUCAAUUGAUGGAAUGGUUUUUAAGAACAGAGGUUCGCGUCAGAACACCAAGAGAAGGG